AUUCUUUGUUGAUAGAUUACCUGCUGCAACACUCAAUUUCCCAUUAUUCAGAGCCGCGUGCGUCUUUCACCUUCUUCUUUACCAACUUUAGGCAAAAUCAGAUGCAACAAGCUUAUGAGAUAUGCGGAAAAGAAAGGACAAAACGAAGCAAGAAAGGAUUAAAUGAUCAGGGUUUCCAUCCGAACUAGUGCCUUAAGCAGGAAGGAAAUAUAAUUAUGUGGUGAGGUAUCGUAUAUAAGAGAAAGCUUGCUUGUAGGAGUGAUCUUUUGCCUUUAUUGAGGAGAUAUAAAACAAGCUUACUUACUAAUAAAGCGACAAGAAGCACCUUCUUUCUCAAAGUCAACUUUCUCCCUUCGCUAAAAAUUCCACAUUGAGUAUAGGUAGGAGAUUCAAUUGUGCGAAAAUUGAUCAAGGUGUUUUACCAUGUUCAUGGAAAGAAUGGUGGAAAACGAGGAGAAAAUAGAGCUGAAAAGAGAAGUAGACUCAUGUAGCUGGCCCCAAGUAGUGGAGUAAGUGACAAAGAGUAGCAUCUUUGCGCGUGUCCCAUCCUCUUCUCCAACCCUUUUGACAAAGGUCAAAAUAGUCUCCCCAACUCUAAUGGAGGUUAAGCUAUGGAAUGAUAAGCGGGAAAGAGAAAUGUAUGACAACUUCGCCGAGCUCUUUGCUAUAAUAAAGGCAACCGAAAAGCUCGAGAAGGCUUAUGUUCGUGACAUCAUCUCACCUGCAGAAUACGAAACUGAAUGCCAGAAAUUGAUUGCUCAUUUCAAGACCUUAUCUUCCACUUUGAAAGAUACUGUACCUAGCAUUGAGAGAUUUCAUGACACCUACAAAAUGGAUUGCCCUGCAGCCCUAAACCGUCUUGUGACCUCUGGGGUGCCCGCUACUGUGGAGCACAGAGCCGCCGCUGCAAUGUCAGCUACGACCUCAGCUGCUGUUGUGGCUGAAUGUGUGCAGAACUUCAUCACUGCUAUGGACUCUUUGAAGCUGAAUAUGGUUGCUGUUGACCAGGUCCAUCCCCUAUUAUCGGAUCUAUCAUCUUCCCUUAAUAAACUUUCAAUUCUGCCAGCUGAUUUUGAGGGGAAGACAAAGAUGAGGGAGUGGCUCUCAAGGCUAUCAAAAAUGGGAGCUGCAGAUGAGUUGACAGAACAGCAGGCUCGUCAACUCCACUUCGAUCUUGAAUCAUCAUACAAUUCUUUCAUGGCAGCACUGCCCACUGCUGGAACUUAAUUGCUUAUUUCAGGUUGAGUCAUCUUCUGUGCAGUGUUUUUACCCUCGUUAGCUGAUCAAGCAAGUUUUGUAGCAGCAUAUUCAAGGCACCCUCGUUAGUUGUCUGUAUAUCAUGACGAGAUAUCUGUUUCAGCUUCUUAGAACUGUAAGCUUUGAUGGGUUUGGAUAUCAGAAUCUGGAAAGUCAUUUAUCUGUUAAUUAGCAUGUGUAUAGUACAUCCCUGGGUUUCUCUUUGUUCCCUUCAUCUGCUACUUUUAGCUCAUGGUUUAGGUUCGGGGUUAUUUUAGCUGUGUUGGAUCCUUCACUUGUUAUGUUCUCAGGUACCGUCUUUGGCUCAGUUCUUUUUCUUUGAUAAAGAACUUAUCUCACUCCACUGCAUCAUAGAGGUUCU